AUGUCAGCUCAAAGCACCGCCAUACCGCACCGCUCCACACCCACACCGCACCCGCACCGCACCCGCACCGCACCCGCACCGCACCCGCACUGCACCCGCCCGCCGCCCAGCCUCACCACUGCUCUCCGCACAACCGACGCAAAUCAGAUGGAACAGGAUGCGUUGGCAGCCGCACUCUAUCGCCACGGCGCCCUGAGCCCUGAGCGGAGCGGAGGGACGUGCCCGCGUGUGAAGAAUGCCCGCGCAAGCGAAGUGCCCGCCAGGAAGUGCCCGCCAGGAAGUGCUCACGUCCCACCAGCCCAACCGCCAGAGAUCAAUCAGUGGCUGGGCUCAGGCCUGCCCCUCUACUCUACCCUCCUACUCAGCCCCUCUACUCAGCCCCUCUACACUCCUACUCAGCCCCUCUACUCUACCCUCCUACUCAGCCCCUCUACUCAGCCCCUCUACACUCCUACUCAGCCCCUCUACUCUACACUCCUACUCAGCCCCUCUACUCAGCCCCUCUACACUCCUACUCAGCCCCUCUACUCUACCCUCCUACUCAGCCCCUCUACUCUACACUCCUACUCAGCCCCUCUACUCAGCCCCUCUACACUCCUACUCAGCCCCUCUACUCAGCCCCUCUACACUCCUACUCAGCCCCUCUACACUCCUACUCAGCCCCUCUACUCUACACUCCUACUCAGCCCCUCUACUCAGCCCCUCUACACUCCUACUCAGCCCCUCUACACUCCUACUCAGCCCCUCUACUCUACCCUCCUACUCAGCCCCUCUACUCUACACUCCUACUCAGCCCCUCUACUCAGCCCCUCUACACUCCUACUCAGCCCCUCUACUCAGCCCCUCUACACUCCUACUCAGCCCCUCUACACUCCUACUCAGCCCCUCUACUCUACCCUCCUACUCAGCCCCUCUACUCUACACUCCUACUCAGCCCCUCUACUCAGCCCCUCUACACUCCUACUCAGCCCCUCUACACUCCUACUCAGCCCCUCUACUCUACCCUCCUACUCAGCCCCUCUACUCUACACUCCUACUCAGCCCCUCUACUCAGCCCCUCUACUCAGCCCCUCUACUCAGCCCCUCUACACUCCUACUCAGCCCCUCUACUCUACACUCCUACUCAGCCCCUCUACUCAGCCCCUCUACACUCCUACUCAGCCCCUCUACACUCCUACUCAGCCCCUCUACUCUACCCUCCUACUCAGCCCCUCUACUCUACACUCCUACUCAGCCCCUCUACUCAGCCCCUCUACACUCCUACUCAGCCCCUCUACUCAGCCCCUCUACACUCCUACUCAGCCCCUCUACACUCCUACUCAGCCCCUCUACUCUACCCUCCUACUCAGCCCCUCUACUCUACACUCCUACUCAGCCCCUCUACUCAGCCCCUCUACACUCCUACUCAGCCCCUCUACACUCCUACUCAGCCCCUCUACUCUACCCUCCUACUCAGCCCCUCUACUCUACACUCCUACUCAGCCCCUCUACUCAGCCCCUCUACUCAGCCCCUCUACUCUACCCUCCUACUCAGCCCCUCUACACUCCUACUCAGCCCCUCUACACUCCUACUCAGCCCCUCUACUCUACCCUCCUACUCAGCCCCUCUACUCUACACUCCUACUCAGCCCCCCUACUCAGCCCCUCUACACUCCUACUCAGCCCCUCUACUCUACACUCCUACUCAGCCCCCCUACUCAGCCCCUCUACUCUACCCUCCUACUCAGCCCCUCUACUCAGCCCCUCUACUCUACCCUCCUACUCAGCUCCCUACCCUCCUACUCAUCAGCAGGAUCAGCCUCCUCUGCCCUCCUACUCAGCUCCCUACCCUGCACACACUCCUACUCAGCUCUCUACCCUCCUACUCAGCCCUCUACCCUCCGAAGGCUCCCAACACCUCCUCAGCCUCCAGUGUAG